AUGGCCGGGUCCAGGAGUGCGAAUGAUCUGUCAGAGCUCAUGGACAUCUACCUCCCAGAAGGGCUGGGCUCGUACCAAAGCCUCUUCAACCAGGAGGAAGCCAACGCCUACCCCCCACUCCGCCCAUCUUCUCCAGGUUGCCUGCUGUACUCCUCUCCCUUCCACCACACGGGUGGAGGAGGAGGAGGAGGAGGCCAAGGUCCGUACAUGGGAGGUCAUCCUUCUGGCAUGAGUCUUGGAGGAGCAGCAGCAGGUGAAGAAGAAGAUUGGGACAUGGGAGAAAGUGUUUUUGGCAUGGGAGAAGGAGCAGCAGCAAGUGUCCACAUGGGAGGAGCUGAAGAAAGAAGCCUCUUCAUUGGAGGAGGAGCUGGAGGAGGGAGUCUAUGCAUUGGAGGAGGUGAAGAAGGGAAUAUAUAUAAUGGAGGUGGUGAAGGAGGGAAUCUGUACAUGGGAGGAGGAAAAGGAGAGAGUCUGGGAGGAGAAAGAGUAGGAGGAUAUGGGAGUCCCUUUAUGGAAGGAGCACUGGGCAUGGGGGGAGGAGGAAUUGCCAUGGGAGGAGCAACAAUGGGCAUGGAGGGCAGCGCCUUCGGCCUCAGCAUGGUAGCAGCAGCAGCAGGAGCAAGAAGAGGAGAGCCUUCACGAAGGCGAAGAGGAGAACGAGGAGACCCGAACAGCAACGCGGCGAAGAGGUCAGCCGAGCACCGGGCCAAGAAGAAGGAGGAGAGGAGAAACCUGAAGAUGCAAGAAGAUGAGCUGGUACUACAGAUCGAGGAGCUGGAGAGGGCACGGCAGCAGAUACAGGAAUUCAUUAACACACUGGAAGCCUUCGUGGACCACCAACAGAACUACACCGGAUACCACCUCUGA